AUGUCGACCUUCGUUGCCGCCUCCGCCUCCAACAGCGACCUCCCAGUCCCAGCCGACUCUCGUGCUGGACCCCUCCGCCGACUGAGCCAGCUGCGUGCCUAUACACACGGUCAUCUUUCGCCUCAGCCUCUCUCCCAGCGUCUCACCCGCCAAAACACUCUGGGCAGUCGAGUGAAUCGCCUGUGUCCUGCGCCGUUCCUCACCGUCAUCGAGGACGAUUCUUCUGAUUCUGAAGACGCUUCGAUAGUGGAGACGCCUAGCAAUAACCCGGCUCCAUGCCCCGAACCUGAACUGUCCGCCCGCAACAAUAGUUCGACCAGUUUGUCAAGCUUCCGCGGCUUACAAAUUGAGUGGCCCUUUGAAUCGCGCCACUCCGAAUCCUCGAGUUCGACUCCUUCCACCGAUCUCGCUCAGAGUUUCUCGCAAGAAUCGAUGGCGCGGCUAAGGGGAUCCUCCCAGCCUGAGUCUCGAGCAGACGAGGGCGCUCCCACGUCCGCUCCGGCUGAGCUCCAGAGUGCCCUCUUCGACUCUCCUGAACCCGUCGCGACCGAAAAUUUUUCCUCAUCCCCUAAACCCCGACAGAAGGCGACCAUUCGGUUUUUCCCCCACCAGGAGUCCCAGUCGAGCGCCCGACCGUCUCUGCCCUUCAUCCCUGUCUCGCGAACGCUCCCGUCGGAAAGUUGCAUCAUCAAGGUCGGUCGCUACUCCGAGCGCGAUGGUCUGCCGCAGCCCAAUCCGACAGAACCGUCGGAUGCGCCCGUGGGAUUUAAGUCGAAGGUUGUGAGUCGGAGACACUGCGAGUUCUUGUACGUCAAUGGGCAAUGGCACAUCAAAGAUGUUGGCAGUUCCUCCGGAACGUUUCUGAACCACAUGCGACUGAGCCAGCCGAACAUGGCCUCGAGGCUCUACACAGUGAAGGAUGGGGAUAUUGUGCAACUUGGUAUUGAUUUUCGCGGUGGCGAAGAAAUGAUCUUUCGGUGUGUUCGCAUACGGAUCGAGUGUAACCGAUCGUGGCAACAGCAGCCCAAUGAGUUUAACAAAAACACCGAAAGUCUGAUCAAGAAUCUGGGGAAGGGAGAGGCUGCGGAUUAUGCUGGAUGUCGGGAAUGUUCAAUCUGCCUGGGCUCUGUCCUGCGGCCCUACCAGUGUUUAUUCAUGGCAGCCUGCGCCCACGUCUGGCAUUACAAAUGCAUCAUGCGCCUUAUUCACACACCCGACUACCCAAUGUUCCAAUGUCCUAACUGUCGCGCCUAUACGGAUCUCAGCGCCGAAGUCGACGACUCGAAUGAUUUUGAAGGCGAGGACACCGAACAGAAGAGCUCCGCGGCGGAGGAAAAGCCUUCGUCCUCAUCGGAGGAUAUUCGACCGGAAGCACACCCCACGUCGUCUGGAAGCAACCAUGUCACCAACCAUUCCAUGAGCUCGGUGGAGGAAGCGGUGAAUGGCCUGCCUUCUGAGGCAGGCCUCGCUGCUAAUAUCGAAAGCAUGCGUCUAAACGACUCCGAGGCUGCGCGAGAGGCUGCUCAAGCGUCUCAAGAACAUGCCACCAGCUCGAACCUCGAGACUGUUCCUACGCACACCAGCGCCGACAUGCCCGGUUGGCAGGCUGUAGGCCAAACCUCCGCUCCUGUUCAAUGCCGACAGGCUCAGCUUCGCUCUGAUACGCCUGUCCGCUCUGAAUCAUCUGAUGACAAUCCUCUGACACCACAGAAUGACUCCGGACCAUUAGCAUUUGACGGUCGGGCUAGCAUGUCGUGA